GGCCGGGACCCGUUGCCAGGGCAACGGCGGUGGCGCCUCCCGCCGCUCCUCCUCCUGCUCCUGCUCCUCCUGCUCCUCCUGCUCCUCCUGCUCCUGCUCCUGCUCCUGCUCCUCCUCCUCCUCCUCCUCCUCUCCCUCGCCAUCCCCGCCGGCGGCCGGGCUCCCGUGCGGGUUUCGGGGGUCGGCUGGCGCGGACGGCCCCGGGGGGCGAUGGCGCAGGCCGGGUGGGCUCCGGGGGUCCGGUGGGAGACCGGCGGGCUGAGCGCGGUGGGCUGCUGCCUGGUGGUGGGGGCUGCGGCCGUGGCGCUGUGGGCCCGGGCCGGGGGCCGGAGGGGCCCGGCCCGGUCGAAUCGGGCGGAGGCCCGGGCCCGGCGGGCCGAGGCCCUGCAGCGGAUGGGCCGGGCGGCGCAACGGUUCCUGCGCCAGAAUCAGAGCGUGGACUCAGAGGGCAUUCUCUCCAUGCCCCUGUCGGGGCUGGCCCAGGACCUACGGAAUGGAUCCCUGGCUCCUGAAGCUGUCCUCCACACCUACCUAAAUAAGGCCUGGCAGGUAAACAAAGAUAUUAACUGUGUGACCGACUACCUGGAUGAGUGCGAGAGCCAGCUCCAGGAAGUGAAGAAGCAGAAGGCCCAUGGCUUGCUCUACGGGGUGCCCGUCAGCCUCAAGGACUGCAUUGCCUACCAGGGCCAUGACUCCACGCUGGGCCUCUCCCGGAACGUGGGGGAGCCGGACACGGAGGACAGCGUGGUGGUGCAGGUGCUGAAGAAGCAGGGGGCCAUCCCCUUCGUCAAGACCAACGUCCCACAGUCCAUGUUCAGCUUCGACUGCAGCAACGUGGUCUUCGGCCGCACGCUGAACCCCUGGAACCCGGCCAAGACCCCGGGCGGCUCGUCGGGCGGAGAAGGGGCCCUCAUCGCCGCCGGAGGCUCCAUCCUGGGCCUGGGCACGGACAUCGGGGGCAGCAUCCGCUUCCCCUCCUCCUUCUGCGGCAUCUGCGGAUUCAAGCCCACCGGGGACCGGAUCAGCAAACGAGGCCUGAAGAGCUGCAUUUUCGGGCAGAAGGCAGUCAGCCUGUCCAUGGGGCCGAUGGCCAGAGACGUGGACAGCCUGGCCCUGUGCAUGCGUGCGCUGCUCUGUGAGGACAUGUUCAGUCUGGACCCCACCGUGCCCCCCGUCCCCUUCAGUGAGAAGGUGUAUGCCAGCACUCAGCCUCUGCGCGUCGGCUACUAUCAGUCCGACAACUUCACCAUGCCCAGCCCGGCCAUGGAGCGAGCUGUGCUGGAGACCAAGCAGCGGUUGGAGGACGCCGGCCACACGCUGGUGCCCUUCCUGCCCGACGACAUCUCCAACGCCAUGCAGGACCUGGCCACCAGCGGGCUGUUCAGCGACGGGGGCGAGGACUUUCUGGAGAACUUCAAAGGAGAUCAGGUGGACUCCUGCCUCGGUGACCUGAUCAUCAUACUGAAGAUACCGAACUGGCUGAAAUGGCUCCUGGCGUGCGUCAUCAAGCCUCUGGUCCCGAGGAUAUCCGGCUUCCUGAACAGCAUGAGGGCAAGGUCUGCAAGGGACCUGUGGAAGCUGCACUACAGGAUUGAGGAGUAUCGUCACAGCAUCAUCACUCAGUGGAAGAAGCAGAAUCUCGACGUCAUGUUGUGUCCCAUGCUGGGGCCUGCUCUGAACAAUAACUACCCUGGAAAAGCAACAGGUGCCGUCAGCUACACCAUGCUCUACAACUGCUUGGACUUUCCUGCGGGAGUGGUGCCGGUCUCCACUGUGACCCAGCAGGACGAGGACAAGUUGGUUCAGUGCCGCGGCUACUUCCUGGACAUCUGGGACAAGAUGUUACAGAGGGGCCUGGCCGGCUCGGUGGGUCUUCCCGUGGCCGUGCAAUGCGUGGCCCUGCCCUGGCGUGACGAGAUGUGUCUGCGGCUUAUGAGGGAAGUGGAGCGACUGAGCCCGAAGAUAAAGCCGAGACCCUAGGCCUCCGUCCGCAGGCCGUCCCCGCUGUCCGCAGGCUGUCCUCACCACCGUCCACGGGCUGUCCCGCCACCCUCGAGCCGUCCCCACCGUCCACAGUCCAUCCCACCGGCCUCAGGUCACCCCCUACUAUCCUCAGGCCCUCAGUCCGGCCCCUCAGCGGAAGUCACCUGAGAAGCUGCAGCCGCCACGCCCCCUUCCAUCCGUCUGUCCGGUGCUUGUCGCCGUGGCCCCUUUGAGAUGGUGAGCUCGGAGUGGGGGGCCCUUCCUCCCCGCUCUCCCCAUCCCAGAGGAGGAGGCUCUGUUGACCUGUGGAGACAGUGGGAGGCUUGAUUGAGGGGCUCUUCUGGAGCUGGAGGGGGUGGCGGGGUGGCCCUGGGCCCAGGCUGACCUUAGACCUAGAACCCCAGAGGAGUCAAGCUACCAGGGCCUGCACCUGGAGGUUCUGGAGAUGGGACCGGAUGGAAAGAGACACUCCAUCCGUGCUGGGUGCAGUAGGCACCGGGAAAGACCUGGGGGUGCUUUUCCAAAGCAGAAGACGUGGCCUAAGCCCCACACUGCCGAAUCCAGGGCUACUGCUUCUUGCUUCCCCUCAAUCCCCCUAGCCCUCACACGCAGCUCCUCUACUUCCCACGAAUCCCUGGGUUUUCCGCUUCCCCAGCUUGCUUCCGGUAACGGUAGGUGCCAUGGCCCCUCAGAUGUGACCCCCUCUGUCCCCUCACACCCACCCACCAUUCCCCGCCUAACCUGAGUGUCAGAAAGCCUGACGGGAAACUGGUUGUGCUUGUUAUUAAAGACGGACAUGUGGAAAUAUAAUUUACGUGCCCUGAAAAAAGCACUCAGAAUCUC